AUGAGCUCCACCUUUUCUCCGCCGUCGUACCUGAGCUUCGGUUUGUCUCGCUGUGAGGAUCUCUCUGGCUCCGCCCCUUUCCUCCUCUACCAAUCGAGCGUGGGCGCUCUGCGGGGUGCCGGUGCCGGGCUGCGGCCCCUCCUGGCGCCCUUCCACCACCACGGACCCUUCGGCGUGUACGAGUGUCCCUUCGAGCCGGCGUUCAUCCAGAAAAGAAACGAGCGCGAGCGGCAGAGGGUGCGCUGCGUGAACCAGGGCUACGCCAAACUCAGGGAGCGUCUGCCGGGUCACAGCGCCGACAAACGCCUCAGCAAGGUGGAGACACUCCGCGCCGCCAUCCGCUACAUCAAGUACCUGCAGGACACACUGGAGGAGAAAACCCCAGACUGUCACCCUGGAAACAGGGCGUCCUCUCCGACUACAUAGUGGAUUUAGACACAGAAAUGAGAGGUCAACCCAAGACU